AUGGCACCUUAUGCUCAUCUGGCGGUUUAUAAAUUAUGUUUUGGUCCAGAUUGUCCAGAGAGUGACAUAUUAGCCGGGCUUGAUGCUGCAGUAGCUGAUGGAGUUGAUGUGAUAUCAAUUUCUAUUGGAGAAGAAAACGUGCCUUUUUUUCAAGACAACAUUGCAAUAGCCUCAUUUGCAGCUAUCCAAAAAGGAAUCUUUGUGAGCUGUGCAACAAGGAACUCAGGCCCGUUCAAUGGCACUGCAACAAAUGUAGCUCCACGGGUUCUAACAGUUGGUGCUAGCACAAAUGACAGAAAAAUCAAAGCCACAGCAAAACUAGGAAACAAUAAGGAAUUUGAUGGUGAAUCUUUAUUUCAGCCAAAAGGCUCCCCUUCUUCUACACUUUCACCACUCGUGUAUGCUGGUUCUAAUGAAAAACAAGAUUCCAAGUUAUGUGUCAAUGGAUCACUUGAAGGUAUGGAUGUAAAGGGAAAAGUGGUGCUGUGUGAGAGAGGUGUGACAUCUAGAAUAGAGAAAGGACCAGUGGUGAAGGAUGCAGGUGGUGGAGCUAUGAUAUUGAUGAACCAAGAACCACAAGGAUUCAGCCUAGAUGCAGAUGCACAUGUCCUCCCUGCAACACAGCUGAGUUUUGCAGCUGGACUGGAGAUUAAAGCUUACAUCAACUCAACACUUACACCAAUGGUGUCAGCAUUCUAG